AGGCGGGGUUAGCGCUGGCAACGCCCGCAGUCAGCUGAGCGCGGGCCGCGGCAGCUUCUCCCUUCGGGCCGGCUACCUCUCCAAGGCGCUUGAGGGGCGGAAAAGCAGAUUGCCAGUGGUAAACAGCAAAGGUUAUAGUCAAGUCCAUCUGGAGACUAGCAGAGCAUAGCUGAGAUAUGUGUUUCAGCACCUCUGGAUUUAUCUCUGUGUAUGCGUACUUCAUAUAUGCCUAAAGGUUUUUCAGAGCACUGAAAUAUGUCUGGGUUCCUUGAAAAUGUUAGAUGCUCCGAGUGUGUUGACUGGGGAGAAAAGCGAAAUACAAUAGCUUCUAUCGCAGCCGGGGUGCUGUUUUUUACAGGUUGGUGGAUUAUAAUAGAUGCAGCUGUCAAAUACCCAGAUUCAAAACAGUUCAACCAUUCAUACCAUGCUUGUGGAGUUAUAGCUACAGUUGCAUUCCUAAUGAUCAAUGCUGUCUCCAAUGGUCAGGUGCGUGGGGACAGUUACAGUGAAGGGUGCCUUGGGCAAACAGGUGCUCGUAUCUGGCUGUUUAUCGGUUUUAUGUUGGCCUUUGGAUCCCUGAUUGCAUCAAUGUGGGUCCUCUUUGGAGGCUAUGUUAUUAAUGACAAACCAGAAAAACCACCAGUUUAUCCAGGAAUAGCAGUCUUCUUUCAAAAUGCUUUUAUUUUCUUUGGUGGUCUGGUGUUCAAAUUUGGUCGCACUGAAGAUUUGUGGCAAUAAGCGACGCAGAGCGUCUCACCCGCUAUUUUUAAUUGCCCAUUUUGUAAUACUAGUGCUCUGCUAUCAGCAAAGAAGGAAACUGCCUACAUUUUAAAAUCAUGAUACACAUUUCCAUUUUUGUUCCCUUCAACUUGACACUUUUCUACUCUUGGCUUUUUGACAUUAAAUAUUGUAGCCUGUGAUUAAGCUGAGAUGGAAGAGGAACUCUGUCCUCUUACUGAAUGUUUUUGUUAUACCUUAAUAUUAAUGAUUCUUUUACUGUUCCUUUAUCUGGGGUGGAUAUAAGUGCUAUUUUUUUUAAUGUGAAAAUACUGGACUGACAGUGUACAUGGAAUGCUUGUAAAUGAAGAUUAUUACUUCUGUGCAUAAAAAUGUAAUAGAGAUAUACUGGUACCAUGUUUCUAAUGCAA